AUGGUUACCUCGGAGCCUGAAGAUCAUCUCGUCUGUAGUUUUGAGUGUAGACGUAGACAUCCUCGGGGAGAGAGGGGACGGGGUUAUCCGCGUUGUUUAACGUUACAGCGUAUGGGAAUCGUUACGGGUCCCGACUAUAGUCGGUUGGAAUGUGUCCGUCUUUUUUAUUUCUUUUUGUGUCUCCCUGGUGUAUACCUGGGUAGCUUAAAGGUACGAGUCUGCUCAGCCUCCGCAGGGUCCGCAGGUAAUCCCGUCUCAGCGUCCGGUCUCCGAUCGAGUCAAGCUUGUGCCGCCUCAUACUCAAUACAAACUCACUAUACUACACAUCUCUUCAAGAAGAAGAAGAAGAAGAAGAAGAAGAAGAUCAAGACCGAGACGAACAAGGGCGGGCGUAUCUUUUCUUUCUCUUUUCUUCUCUCUCCUACUAUACUGUCUUGA